CUCAAAACAAAAUGUCUUCUUGUGAGGAAUUUUUUAGUCGUCUACGGAAGCUUGCAGUCACAGUUGAUAAGGAAUCCAGUGAACUAAAAGGGAUUUUAGAAGACUCGGAAAUUUCGGCUUACGAUGAAAAUCGUGCCUGCCUUCUCUUACGAGAAACUCUAGCGGAGGUCAAAGACUUUAAGGUAUUAGCUAAAAAAAUUCAUGAUAAAAAAGUAAAUAAGCAGCUGAAAAUUAACCUUAAAGCUUUUAUUAAAAUAUCUCAAGUUUAUAUAAACCUUAACUGCAAACACCUGGACCAUCAAAAAUCGAUAAUUUGUUCGUUGAAUGAAUUUGUAAUGAAGAUCAAUGCUUGGUUGUAUCGCAGCACUUCAGAUCUGUAGGCUCGCUAAAACUUUUUUACCAUUACAUGUAAGCUUACUUUAUGUUAAGUUGUACUGACAGAUUCUAUGAAAGUAUUAUAUAGUUGCAUCCAGUGCUUUCAGGCAAUGGUUUAAUAAUUUUGGCUUGAAACUCAUUUAAAUCAUCUUUAAAGAUGGAGCCAAGAAAUGGAGGAAGAAGAACAACAAAAAUUUUUUCUAAUUGAUCAGUUGAUACAAUUGUAUAUGUCAAUAUCUCAGUUCAGUUUAAUUCACCCUGUGAAAAGAGGUGAAGACUGUGCUUUCCCCGGUGCCAAGUGACCAAAGUAUAGGUAGAAAGUGGCAGUGGUGGGGAUUACCCUGGGGGAGGGCUACUGAUUCAAUUAAGUUUUAAAUGGGGAGUCUUUGCCCUGAGGUGCAACCUCUUACACUUUCAUAUUCCAUUUUUUUUUCAGAAAGGUACGCCUUUCAUGUACCUUUUAUUGACAAAACCAUACGUUUACUAGUUAUGACUAGUGAAAUAUUCGAGCUGAAGACAAUUUUUAAUUUUUUGAGAAAGUAUCAUCAAACCUCUUUACUAUGGAAACCAACAGGGCAGAGGGAAGUGUCUGCAGAGUGUCUGCCCAUCACAGAUGUCUUCACAAUGACAAGAGUUGGUCCUACUAGAAGGAUGUUUGUAUUACGUAGAUGUCCUGAAUAUAAAUGAGGACUAGGAACCAUGAAUUUCCAAUUAACUCAGUUGUUAAGUUGCACCUGUAUUUAACAAGGUCCUCAACGGCUCAACCUGUUCUGGGUGCAAUUGAAAUGAUUAUGGUAUUUGUUUUCAUGUUUUUGGUGAAAUAGUAGCAGCUGGUAUUCUUAUAUUUUUCAAAAUCAGAAAGAGGUUAAUGACAAAGUUAAAGAUGUUCAGGAGAGACACAUAUUUGGAGACUUCAUUUCUGCAUGUGGUAGGCUCAUGACACAAACAAAAGAACAAAUAAAUGAGUUAGAAUCUCAUUUGGAAAAAUAUGGAUUCAUCAGACCAAAAGGUAAAGGUGCUUUUUUUUUUAACUUUAUCCUAGUGCAUGUUUUGAAUCCUACCUAACUUUGUUCUCGAAAGAUAUUCCUUUAUUCAUUUACUCUCAAGUUUCUCUCAAGUUUAGCCAAAUACCUGGGAGACUGGAAUUCUAGAUAUGUGGUGAUGCCAGACAGGGAUAAAAAUGCAAAUGGUUGAUUAUAAAUCAAUACUCCAAAAAAUCCCUAAGUCUGCUAUUUUAUAAAACAACAAAAUAAUGUGAAAUGUGAACCAAAUGGGAGGAUUCAUGGUGAAAAAGAUUAAUGAUACAUAGAAAUGUAUGAUUUUUAAAAUGUAUCAUAACAUUUUUUACCCUGAAUCUUCCCAUUUGUAAUACCCACAAUGAAAACUCAAGGUUCACAGGUAAAGGAAGGUAAUCUUAUGCAUGAUUCAAAUGUCUCUUUCAGAAGACUUGCCUGAUUCUACAUAUUCACCCACAGACGGUGUCAAGUUCGAUGAAGAUAGGUACGGGUGAGAGGCUGAAAAUUUUCAAGUUUGAAUGAUCAGUUCACAAUGAAGCAGAAAAAAAUGAAAAUAGUUUUAAUUUGUAGAUUGGGCUUACAAACAACAUUAGUUUGUCUUAAUUUUAUUUUGUUUUUCCGGCACAAAACUUUCCAUUUUUUUCAUCCUUUAUUACUAUAGUGCAAUGAAAACAAGUGGGGAAAGGCAGCAUGUUUCAAGCUCAGAGCAGUCAGACAGUGGAGAUGGAGACAUUCCAUUUGAAAAUAGUACAGAUACUAGGCCGCAGGACAUAACCAUGGAAACAGACCACUCUGAAAAUGCUGACAACAAAGGUGCAAUCUAAAUACUUAACUUCAAACAUCUCAGGCAUGAUCACGUCUAUUAACAAACAAAGAAACUUAGAUUCCCUUCUUGAACUGUUCCAGUGUGGUUUAAUACUCAGUGUUCUCAGAUUUAAAAAAUUAAUAUAUUAAUUAAUAAUUUAAUACUACUAGUAAUAAUAUUAUUAAUAGUAAUAAUUAUUUCUACCCAGGUUUAAAAAAUAUUAAUUAACAAUAAUUUUUUAACAUUAUUAUUAAUAGUGCUAUGCACUGGCCGGAAAAAUGCAUUCUCAGAGAGAAAAAAAGGUCCUAGACUUAAAAGUUUGCGGCAAAACUGGUUAAUAGUUGCAUGAUGUUGGUGUGUGAGAAUAAUCUUUAGCAGUCACACUGAGAUAACUGAAUCUCCUGAACUACUGUAUGUAUUGCACAUGACCAUGCACUUAUCAAAGAGUAACUAUAAAUUAUAAAGAUUAUUUCCUGCACUUAAAUUUGCCUGCCAGGCAGCCUAAUUUAUUCUUCCUGUAAACUAUGCAUUUAAGUUUAGUUUAUUUAAGCUGAAUGCAGCCUGAGAGCAAUGAUUAUUUUCUUUACAGAAAAUGAGGAGGAUAUCUUCAAGUUGCCUGUCCCACCACAGACAUUCACCAAGAUGAUCGAAGUUACUCCACAAAGACCAUUUGAACCCAGACAAGGCAUACUACAGGAUAAAGGACAGAUGACACCUUAUUCAACUCCUGAAGCUCCACAAACAACUACACCAAUGAUUAAGUCGCGACUGGCUGAUGAGACCACAGGAACACCAAAUGAUAAUUUAUCAACACCAGAGGAUACCCAUCUCCCAUCACAGCCAGUCACAGUCACACCAAUGUUUAAGCCAUCUGAUGGAGGUGUAAAUAUUCAGACUAACUUGUUGCCAGCACUGGGAUCUCCUGAUCUACCUGCCCCACCAGUGAUGGGUACUCCAGGUCUGAAGGCAUUAGGUCCUUCAGGACUGGAAUUCCCAUCAUCAGAGUUGUCAUUCAGCUUGGAAGCCCUGCCACCUCCACCAGAUAUUACUUCUGUGCAUAUUCUUAAACCAGGUGUGUGAACUUAACAAUGAACCCAAUGACAAUAAACAAACUUUUGUUAAUUAACUAUUUAAUAUUGCAUAAUCAGAAUACCUGAUUUGGGAUUGUUAACAAUGUAUGAGUAGGUGAAACACAGCAAACUUAAUUUUGACCAUCAGAUCAAGUAAGGGUACAUCUUUUGAAUUUUGAACCAGUAAUUUCCCUAACACACUCACUUGGUAUAUUAAUAAUACAAAAGACACCUGUCCACACAACAUAAUCACUAACUGGCAAAUUAGAGUUUCUGACACAUCUGGUCAACAAACACUCAACUUAAGUAAUUAUGAGGCAAAUCCAGGAAGGUGCAAAACUGAUACUUUUAAAAUAUUCUUACUCUCGUAACUAUGAUUAAAAGAUCCCUGACAUGUGCUUUAAUUUGAAAGUAUAACCAGACAAAAUCUAGCAACAAGUUUUAAUUCAUAGUAAUGUGAAGGCACAAGUCUAUCAGAUUAGUGUUGUGAAAGGAAGUGGCAAUAAGACAUUUUUUGUUACAGGCAUUAUGUUUCAUAACAAAAUGCCAGUCCAUCAAUUAGGUUGCCCCGUCCUUUAACAUGUAUGUACUAUUCAACACAAGGGGAGACUUUAUCCUUACAAAAUAAUGGCUGAAAAAUGGAAAUGUUUGCCACUCUUGAAAAAUAACUUAGUUUAGUAUUCUCUUCCACCAUAGAUGAUGUUAUACCCACUGCUCCUGUACAAGGCAGUUACUUGGCUGAUCACAGUGGUCAAAGCCAGCACAUGUUUGUUCAACCUCUAAAUGAGAAUGAAUACAGCAUUCUACCCGUAUAUGUUGCAAACCAAUUCAGCCUGAAGUGUAUUAACCACCAUCUUGACACAAUAAAUCAAUUCUUAUUGAGCAACAAUGAAGGUAAGGAAUGCUUAAGUACCACUGUAAAGGAUAGACAGGCUUGUUAUGUUGGAAAUUGCUCCAAUCACAGCACAGAAAAGUUUCAUCCAGUAGUCUGGGAAAAGUUAUCUUACUGCGCAAGUAACUUUUAAAGCUUACUUGUCCAUUGGUUAGACAAGGGUCUCCUCCUCUAACAAAUUCAUUUACUAAGACAAGCAAGAAGUUGCACCAGGCAAGCAAAAUGCGAGAGCUGCUUGCCCACAGGACAAGCUGGAAUUCAAGUUUUUUUUUUCAAGCCCUGAUACUGGCUGAUAGGCCACACCUUUUCCCCCUAUACUGUUGCUCAAAAUUGGUGGUGCAGCUAACUGUUUCUUCAAAGACUUUUUAAUGGUAAUUUUUGAACUUCCAUGAUCAUCCUAAAAACAAAGCCCAUGCCAAUCCUCUCUUUGCAAAAAGUCAUAUGCUCUCUUCUUGAAAGUACUUGCCAUGGGUGACUUUGAUGGUGAACUCUUUUCAAGGGUGAAUCUGUGACAGAUGGAUAGGCUUAUAGCACAAUACAGUAGAACCUCAAUAAGUUGAACUCGCAUAACUUCAACUCCCCACCAACUCGAACUAAAUUUCCUUUCCCUUGAACCAAAUUUCACUGAAAUUUACCCCAAUAACUCUGGUUCUUGUAACUCCACUAGGAUGCCAUCGCAUAAGCCCUUUUUGUUGCAUAAUCGAUGAAAACUCUUGAAACCAUUUAGUUUUAAUUAGUGCAACAAACAGAUCUCAUUUUAUCAUAAAAAUACAUGAACAUGUUACCGUUUCCGAUGAGAUAACUUAAAUUUGCACAGUACAUAUUUACUGAAGAGCUGCAAAAUUCAGUACCUGUCAAUGUUAUUAUUCACACAAAUGUAACAUGGCAGAUUGGACAUUAAUUUUCAAUUGAUCGCGGUAACUUGAAUCCCCGCUAACUUGGACUGUUGUUUGUUGCCCCUCAGGGUUUGAUUUACCAGGGUUCUACUCUAUAUCCUUGUACCGAGAUUGUAGCCUUGGCAUACAUUAUUUUUCAGAUAGAGAGUUUAUCAUUUUUAUUUUAAAAUUUAAUAUUAAUUUUUAGUUUACUUUAUAAUGAAAACAUUUCCCUACAAUUCAAUUUCAGGACACCUUGAACCUGCCAUGCUUGAACAGGAUCUCAGAAAUCUUCUUUGUCUAGGAGCAGCUACAAAGGCAUUCAUGUUAGCACUGGUGAAAACAGGGAGGUUAAAAUUAGCUGGAAAGAGCAUUAUUUUCAUGAACCCUGCAUAAAAUCCACACAAUAAUAUAUUCACUCAUUUGACAUUGCUGCUUUAUUGAAGGACACUAAAAGCAACACUUCUUUUCUGAGGGUCAUUUUUUGAUGACCAACAAGAUGCAUACUAGAAGGAAUAAGAGAGGAAGACUUUUGAUUUAGAAGGCUUAUCCACUAAUAUAGAAUAAAGAGAAAAUAAGGCAUUGGAUUGCGUAUAUAGAAAAACAGAACUUGAAUCUUGUGUUCUGGUUGUUACUAGGUUCUGAAAUAAUUGAAUGUGUACAAAGUUGAC